UUAAAAAAUGGAAAGCAGAUUUAGAUAGUAAAGAAGAUUCAAGCAUCAAGAAAUCAUUUUUAGAUUCUGAUAAGUUAUUAAGAACUCACGAUAAUCAAAUAAUUGAAAAUAAAGCACUCAAUUCAAGAAGUUUCUGUAAUAAAUCACUUGAAUUCAAAAAUUUACCAGAUCAUUCUUCUUGCAAGCCACCAAGAACUCGUAUUAUAAGAAGUGGUAAAGUAUAA